ACGAUGGCCGAUCACGACCUGGUUCUGAAAUGCUGGGGGGGCAUCGAGGCCGACUUCGAGGGUCACGGAGGAGAAGUUCUGACCCGUUUGUUUAAGGAGCAUCCGGAGACUCAGAAGCUGUUCCCAAAGUUCGUGGGCAUCGCUCAGUCUGAUCUGGCGGGAAACGCGGCGGUGGCGGCCCACGGCGCAACCGUGCUGAAGAAGCUGGGUGAGCUGCUGAAGGCCAGAGGAGAUCACGCCGCCGUCCUCAAACCGUUGGCCACCACACACGCCAACACGCACAAGAUCGCCCUCAACAACUUCAGGGUAACAUGGGACACUUUCAGUCACAGUCUGACCUUCAUUUCUGACUUCUGUUUCCAAACCUAGUGAAUGG